AAUUAGACAAGUUUACUUUUAAAAAUAGACGACUAUAAAAACGUAUAGGUUCAUAUUUCUCGUUUUUUCAGUUGCUUUCUUUUAAUUUUUAUCCAACCAUAUGUAUAAAUUGCAUUCCUGGUUUAAUUAGUAACUUGCUCAUUAAAAAUUAUUUUAUAGAGUGCUGAGAUUUUAAAUCAGUAUGAUAUGUCAUUUACAAAAGAUCAUUAAUGAAAGCGGUAUAAAAAAUGGUAUAAAAUGUGCAAAUAUUUUGCGUUUAUCUUUAUUUUUUACUUAUUAGUUUUUGCGAAGAGUACAUCAGAUGUUUCAAAUACUGCAAUUAAAUUUACAUCGGAAAUCUAUAAUGAUAAUAAAGUAACGAAGAAAGGGAUAUCAAAUUUUGACCAGACAAUAUUUAAAAGUGAAAAUACUAACAAUCUAACUAUUUCAAAAGAAAAUUUGUUCAAAGAAAACGAGUCUGUAAAAGAAACGCAAAAAGAGAAUUGUGGAGAUCAUAUUGUUCGAUCAAAAGUCGCUAAUUCUCAGCGAACAAAUACUACAGAUGAACACACAAGUCACAACGAGUUAGGAAUCAAUGACUGUGAAAUAGACAAUUUAUUCAUUAAAUCACACAAUGAUUGCAAAUUCGUUAAGAAAAUUAAACUAAUUAUUAAUCCUAUAGAAAACGCGACGAUGAAGCAAAUUCGAAAGACCACUUCAGUUGAAAGACUUUUUCUAGAAAAAAUUUUAACAUAUUUUAAAAUGGUUAUUCCAAAUAACGUUUUAAAACCAAACCAAAGUGUACAGUUAAUAGUUACUGUGGUACCUGAAAAAUAUAAUACUAGUGGUCUUUUAGAAGAUGAAAUUAUCAAAAUAUUUCCGAGUUUAUACAGUUUAAUCGAUAACAGAAAUAUUUCAAAAGAUACUUCCAAUAAAGUUCAUACAACUGCCAUUCAAAAAUCAAAUAUUGAAAAAAGUUCAUUGGAAUUUAAUGAUUCGACAGAAAAAUCAACUAAUUUAUCAAUUACAAUCAGACAUGUUAAAGAUAAUAGCGAAGCGGUUCUGCCUGAGAAAAUCCUAGAGAAAAUAAAUGGCAUAAAUCAAACGGGGAAUCAGAAUAAAAUAAAAGCAAACUUCACUAGUGAUCUUAAAACCGGAACUCAACGUCAAAAACCAAAUGGGAAUUUAAAAACCCCACCAUCGACAUCAACACAAGCACAGUUUCCUGUUAAUUUUACUGAAGAAUCCAAAACAAGUCAAAUCAGCUAUUUCCCGAAAAAGAGAGACAUUUUGUCGUAUGAAAAAGAUAACGAAAAAAAAUUAGUCAACGACCUACACAAUCAAAAUAAGAUAAACUCUUUAAAUGACAUUAAACCUGAAAAAAUUAACAUGAAUGAACCUCGAAGACACCGUGUGUAUAAAAGGGUCAAGAAAGGUCUUAGUAGAUUAUUUUUGUAUAAACAAAAUGACAGAGACAACCAUAAAACAGACUUCUCUUUUCCUAAAUUUUCAAUGCCAUUAUUUUUACUAUCCUCGUUUAAGUCUGAGGAUUUUGCCAAUAAGAAAUCAAUCAAUUUGAAGAAUAAUAAACGAUUUAGUACGAAUGAAAAAUAUAAUCCUGAUCUUAUCAGAGCCAUUCAGACCAACCUCAUAGACUAUUUUUUAAACAGUCUUUUAUUCGGGUCUCUUCUGACCGCACCAGAAAGAUAUCAAGAAUCUGAUACGGACUUCAUAGUCGAUACACUUAUUCGCAAUGGCGAUAGAUUCUUUUUGGAUACUGCGGUUUACUUGGAGCCUAAAUAUCAUCGUUUAACAAAUAACCACGAUAACAAGAAACAUAAGCAUAAACGACGUUAUUUUUCAAAACAACUUUCUACAUUAGUUGCAAGUUCAACUAAUAAAAAUAUUGUUGAGCUACUUCAUAAUAAAGACGUUGACAAACAGGUCAGUGAUGAUAAUGAGAAAAAUGAGCCAUUAAGAAAAAAACGAAGUUUUACUAUUAAAGGGGCUCCCACAUUGAUUGUGAGUGAUAAUUCUCUAGAAGUUAUUCUGACUGAAAAAUCAUCAGAAAGGUAUCAGCCACCAUAUAAAGUGUGUCGUAUUAAAAGAAACGGACUUCUUAGUUCAACUAUAACAAGUGUCGCUUGUCUAAUGCUAUCUCUCGGAAUUUUAUGCUAUUUUCUAUAUAAACGGAAGUGCCUCAAUAAACCGAGAAGAUGUGUUUGGUUUGCAAUUCCCAAUGGAUCAGAAAUACGAGAAAGAGUGUUUGAAACUAAUAUAAAAAAAGAAAAUCAGAGCAAGACUGAUGACGAUAUUAAAAUGCUCUACAAGAACGAUAAUUUUCAAAUUGCAUGAUUUCAUUUUGUUUAUUAACAACAUAUUUACAAGUACAAAUGUGCUACUUUAUAAAUGAAAUAUAGUAUACAAUAAUUAAAUCAUGGUUGCUAAA